AUGCAAGCUGGUAUUAGAGCAAAUAUUAAAUAUUUAAAAGAACUAUUUUUGAAAAAAAAUGAAGAAAUAAUGAAAGAGACAAAAUUAAAAUCAAAACAACAAACAAUCAUAACAACAGCUGCUAGUAAUUCCACUCCACCAUCAUUAUCAUCGUUUAUAAAAAUAGCACCAGUUUCAACUAAUUCAGUUCCUCAAUUACCACCACCACCAAUGGCAAUACAUGAACAAAAAGAUUUUAUAUUAAAAUUAAUUAAACAGUGGUGUUUAGAUAAUAAAGAAUGA